GUCCUCGCCCAGAGAGGCACAGAGAGAGAGAGAGAGAGAGAGAGAGAGAGAGAGAGAGAGAGAGAGAGAGAGAGAGAGCCUGGAUCGAGAGAGCCUGGACCCUGAGAGAGGGAGAGAGAGAGCUUGGACCGAGAGAACCUGGACCCCGAGAGAGAGAGAGAGAGAGAGAGAGAGAGAGAGAGAGAGAGAGCCUGGACUGCUCUGAGUAUGCAUCUCUGUCAAGCUGUGUGAACCUAUACAGGCUAUACUACCUCCCCUCGAUCCACUCGCGAUCGUGAUUCGUGCGGACUCAAGUCAUCGCCGGACAAGGACAGUCGGCGUCGGCGUCGCCUUGCGCUGUCCGUGCGCAAGCGAUCUGCUGUGAGCGCGUCCUUCGUCUCUCCGACUCUCUCGUCCACCGCUCCUCGUCCUCCUCCUACCGUAGUCGCAAAGAUGGCGUCCAGCUUGGUUGCCGCGGCCACUACUACGUGUGCUCUGUCGUCGGCGGCAUCCAACGCCCUUUCAGGAUCUCGCAUGACGAUGAACACCAGCCGACAGACCACCGUACCUUCAACCGCCAAGUUCGUGUCCGUUCGCUGCAAGGCGGAGGAGGGCUCAUCAUCGUCAUCGUCGGAGGCCAUGACUCGACGGGGGCUGGUCGGUGCGGCAACCCUGGCCACUCUCUUGUCGAUGACGUCAACACAGCGGGCGAACGCGGAGGAUGAGCCUAAGAAGGGCUCGGCGGAGGCGAAGAAGAAGUACAGGAGCAUCUGCGUUACCAUGCCCACGGCCUCCGUGUGCCACAAUUAAAUUGGUCGUCAAUAAUUUUUAAAAAUAAUUUGAGUAAAUUAAAUGGGAGAGAAGCGUGGGCGAUACACAGACACAUGUCACAUUGUCACAUGAUGGUUGCAGCAUUGUUUGCAUGUAAUGUGUUUGGUGACUUGCCGUUGUUGCCGGUUGGGAAAAAAAAAAAAAAAAAAGGAAUCAUUGACAGGCGGAUGCUUCUCCAGACUAGAACGAGCCCCACCUUUCUCGUUGUUUUUUUUUUUUCAAAGUAGGGGGGGUGCAAAUGGGGCGGGCGGAGCAGGGAACUGCUAACCAGGUUGCUUGUUUUCAGGUCCGGUAUGGUGCUCUGUGGUGCCGUGCAGUGCCGUGCAGUGCCGUUUCGUCCCCACCCCGGUCCCCUUGUGUUGUUCGCCCGUUACGUCCGAGUCUGGUCGUUGCCGUCCCUGUGUUGCCUCUCCCACGACUGUGCUAUGCUACGCUCUGCUUGGUGCUAUCCCAUGUGGGGUUCUGUUUGCGCUGCUCUCUCUCUCUCUCUCUCUCUCUCUCUCUCUCUCUCUCUCUCUCUCUCUCUCUCUGUGUAUAAAACUAGUUGGCAUGUGCCUGGAAUGCUUGUCCAAAGAAUU